AGAAGCACGGACAUAUUAGUGUGCUGCACAUAGCGAGAACACCAUGUGGAAAGAACGUAGUCCACUUUAAAGCUUAUUAUUUCAACUUUAGUGGUUCGAAACAUUUAGCUGAUCCAGUUUAUGUAAUCAGUAUGGUUAGCUUAUAUAUACUUUAGCAACAUUUUUCGAGUUUUUGUGGUGAAACUAUUCAGUCGGCUUCAAGUUAAAUCAUGGGGAAAUCAAAGACUAAAAACCAAAAGAAAUCCCGAGGACAAGCCAUCCACGUGGCUGAGGAUGCCUACAGGUCUGUGCCCCACUCCUUCGUGUUUCAUCGAGGUCAGGUUGGAAAAAACGUGGGUCAGCUCGUCCAGGACAUGAGGAAAGUCAUGCAGCCUUACACCGCAGAGUCUCUGAAGGUACGGAAAAAAAAUCUCCUUAAGGAUUUUGUGUCUGUAGCAGGACCCCUGGGGGUGACCCACUUCAUUAUCUUUGGUAAAACUCCCGACAGCAUCAACAUGAGACUCGCUCGACUUCCCAAAGGCCCCAUGCUUUAUUUUAAGGUCCUCAAGUAUUCCCUUAUCAAAGAUGUGGUUUCAUCGUUGAAGAAGCACAGGAUGCAUGAGCAGCAGUUCACCCACCAUCCACUUCUCAUCCUCAGCAACUUUGGAGUGGAUGGCAUGCACGUGAAACUCAUGGCCACCAUGUUCCAGAACACGUUUCCCUCCAUAAACGUCCAAAAGGUAAACAUCAACAGCAUCAAGAGGUGUGUACUGUUCAGUUUUGACCCAGCAUCCCAGGAAAUUCAGUUUCGGCACUAUAGCCUGAAGGUCGUCCCUGUGGGGAUGAGCCGAGGAAUAAAGAAGCUAAUGCAAGAAAAGUUCCCCAAUAUGAGCAAGUUUGAGGAUAUCACUGAACUGCUGGUGAAGGGAGCGAACUUGUCUGAAAGUGAAGCCGAGCAGGACGGCGAGCACAACAUAACGGAGCUGCCACAGAUGUAUUCCGGAAGAGGCAACAUGCCGUCCCAGCAGAGCGCUGUCCGUUUGACCGAAAUCGGUCCUCGAAUGACGCUGCAGCUGGUGAAGAUCCAGGAAGGGAUGGGAGACGGGAGCAUUCUUUACCACUCCAUGAUUUCCAAGACAGAGGAAGAAAUACAGGAGAUCCUGAGGAGGAAGGAGGCGAAGAUGAAGGAAAAGGAGGAACGCAGGAAAACACAGGAGCAAAAUGUGGCGACGAAGAAAGAGAAACGAGAAGAGAACAAGAAAAAGAGUCUGGAAGGCAUAAAAAAGAAACAAGCUGAAGCCGAGGAGGACAGUGAGGUGGAAGAUCCAGGGAUGCAGGACGAUAGGCCAGCUGCUGUUGAAUCUGAUGAUGAUGUGGAGUACUAUAGACAGGCUGUGGGGCAAGAACCAGAUGAAGAUAUGUUUCCGGGGGCCAAGAAGAGGCGGCGUCCAGAGAAAUCUCACGACCGAGCCAAGAAGAGAAAGCUGUCCCCUGGUAAAUCAAAACAACCAGAUUCUAAAUCACCAAAAAGAAAAGGUGCAGUUGGGCAGCACAGAGACAAAACGGGAAAAGCUCCUCAUGGAAAAGGCUGGAAGAAAUCUAAAGAUGAGGAGAAAGCAUUUGGGAAGAAAAAGCGGCCUCCAGGAAAAGCAUUUGGCUCUAAGAGAUCUGGAGAGAGGGAAAAUAAAUUUUCACGCAAAAACUUUGAUGGAAAGAGAAACAAGGACAAAACGUUUCAGACAAAAGGUCACAAAGGCAAGUCUGGCCUCAAGAGGAAAGGUGCAGGUGGAAAGCAAAGCUUCACACGGACAAAAGGAAAGCGCUCGGAGGAUGAUCGAGGAGCAAUUCCUGUCUUCAGCCUUUUCACCAACAAAAUAAAAGAAAACAGGAUGGCAGUCAACUUCUCUGAAUGUGAGAAGUUUCAGAUUGGCCUGCUCCCUACCAUGUACGGGGUUGAGUUUGUGGUGGCCUUGGCAGGAAACACGUUUGCCCUGUGGCUGCUGCUCAUCAAAGAAAAACGCAACUGGCACUCCGGUGUUGUCCUCUCCUGUAACCUGGCCAUCAGUGACCUGCUGUACAUCCUCACCCUGCCUCUGCUGAUUGUCUACUACGCACUGGGGAAACACUGGCUGUUCGGCGAGGCUGUGUGUAAAAUCGAGAGGUUCCUUUUCACCUGCAACUUGUAUGUGAGCAUUUUCUUCAUCAUGACAAUAAGCGUGAACCGCUGCAUAGGCAUCGUGUGCCCGUUCUUCACCCGCUUGUAUGUGGAACCUUUUCAUGUCAAAGUCAUCAGUGCCAUCUUAUGGAUUAUUGUUGGAGUCAUCUCGAGCCCUAUGCUGAAGUUUGCUUCUCUUUGUCAACACAGUUACAAUAACAACACGUUAUGUGUGGCUUUCUGUCACCAAACGUCUGACGACAGGUCGGACUUUAUCUACAGAGUGUUCCUUGCUGUUUUUGGCUGUCUUGUUCCUUUCAUAGUAACUUUUACUUCUUACUGUCUGUUGUUUCGGGUUGUGUGGAAAAAUGUCAACAUAACGACACUUGAAAAGCAUAAAGUUGCCUUGUUAGUCUCAUCAGUGAUUGUCCUCUAUGCUGUUUCCUUUGUGCCCUAUCAUGUCUACCAAGUCUAUCAUCUGUAUUUGAGGAAAAGUGACCCCAAGAGCAUAAACUGUUGGGUCUACAAAAUGUACCAAGUGUCCAAGGGACUGGCAACGCUGAACAUGUGUAUCCAUCCCAUACUCUACAUGGCUGUGUUUGACAGUAUUAGAGUAGCAUGCUGUGGAAAGAGCUCAGAAGACAACCCAGAAGGAUGAGGAAGUAGAGCCUGGUUUCAGACUAAACAUAACUUUGCUGCAUGUAUCUUUGUAAGAUGCCUAAAUGUCACAGCUCUGUGCUAAAUACAUUUAAUCACAUCUGUUUGUAAUAAAAAUUUUCAUUUUUUU